AUGGCUUCCAUUCGCGUGCUGUCGUUCGAUGCUGAGGGCCGCCCUGUGCGUUUCACCGCUUGGCUAGAUGACCUGCAGCUGUUUCUCCUGAGCGAUAGCAAGGAGCAUGUGUCGCUCUAUGACUACGCGUCUGGUGCUGCGCCUGCCCCUCCUGCCACAGCUGAGCUUAGUGUUCGUUCCCACUGGCAGACUCGUGACGCAGCUGCUCGCCUAGCCAUUCGCAGUCACCUGCCGUUAGCUGAGCUAGAGCAUUUUGGCGACUGCAAAUCCGCUAAGGCCCUCUACGACGCUGUCGUCGCUCGCUACUCCUCGCCUGCCACAGCCGAGCUUAGCCGCCUCAUGCUGCCGUACCUGUUCCCCGAUCUGUCCACCUUUACUACAGUCGCCGAUCUUAUCACCCACCUUCGCACUAGUGAUGCUCGCCUGCGUGCCGCCCUUCCCACCGAGUUCUGCGCUAAGAACCCCCCCCCACUGUACUGGACACUCCACUUCAUAGUCACCCGUCUCCCUGACACCCUACGCUCAGUUCGAGACCACUUCCUUGCUCGCUGUCCCACUGAGCUCACAGUCGCCCUCCUAGAGGAGCACCUGCUCGCGGCCGAAAAGAGCAUUGUAGCUGUCGGUGCUGCUCGUGGCGCUCCUCGCACCCCCAUCUUUGAGGGGUGUUCUCCCUCUCCCCUCGCUCCCUCCUACGCUGCUGCUGCUGCUGUUGACUUCCUUGGUGCUGAGUCUGUUGGCGCUGCUUCUACUCCUGGUGGGAGGCGCCGCACCGGCAAGGGCAAGGGGGGCAAAAGUGGUGGUGGUGGCGCUGGUGGGGGAGGAGGUGGGGGAGGUGGGGGGGGAGGCGGUGCUGGAGGGAGCGGUGGCGGGAGCGCUGGUGGGAGUGGGGUCGGUGGUGGAGACGGGGGCGGCGGAGGGAGCAGUGGCAGUAGUGGCGGCGGCGGCGGUGGCGGUGGUGGCGGUGGUGGCGGUGGCGGUCGGAGCGGUGGUAGUGGUGGCGGCGGAGGUCGGAGUGGAGGCACUGGCUCUGGCCAGAGCUCCCAGCAGCAGCAGCGUCCCCAGACGACCCAGCAGCUUCGUGAGUGGCUUGCUCAGCGUGGGACGUCGGGGGCCAGUGCCCGCUGUUCUUAUGUCAUUCGCACAGGUGACCGCAAGGGACAGACGUGUGGGAGGUUCCACACCCCGUACCGCUGCUUCUCCCGCCUUGACGACGCUUGGCGUGAGGAGAUGGGUGCGGAUGUUGAGCGCCCCCGCUGGGCUGAGCUCAUGAGGGCUGGUGUUGAUGUCUUUGCUCUUGACUAUGAUGCUAUUAUUGCUGCCAUGUAUGCAUUGACUGUUAGUGCCGAGGGAGACUGUUACUUGUGUGUGCCGCCUGACCCAGGUAUAGAGCCCGCUGCCCUGGGUACUAGUGAGUCUGCUCUCUCUGGUAUGGUGCCCCCUGUACUUGCUCCCUCCAGUGCUGUCCCGGCUGGUUUCGAGUCUGCUCUCUCAGGUACAGCACCCACAGAGACUGCUCUCUCAGGUACCGCACCGGCUGAGGCCUGUCACACCUUCACCCUUGACUCAGGUGCUUCCCGUUGCUUCUUUCGUGACAGUACUGAGCUCACACCACUUCCUGCACCGGUCCCAGUCUCCUUGGCUGACCCCUCUGGGGGCCCAGUCCUUGCCCAGUCUACCACUGUCCUCCCUUGUCCGGCGGUUCCGUCUGGCUCGUUGUCGGGUUUCCACCUCCCCUCGUUCUCGACGAACCUGGUGAGCAACGCUGUCCUCCAGGAUCAGUGGGUUGACACCUUUACCCCUGGCGGACAGCGUGUGGCGAUCUGCACGUGCUCCAGGACCGGCCGUCACCUGGCCACGUUCACCCGUCGGCCGGGGUCGAGUCUCUACACACUGACCACUGCGUCUCCCCAGGUAGCUGCUGUCGGUCAGGUGUCUGAGUCAGGUCUGGUGGCCCACGCCUGUGAGUGUCGUUCCUUGUCGCACCAGACUCUUCUCUGGCACCACCGCCUGGGUCACCCCUCCUUGCCACGCCUUCGUGGCAUGCACCGUCGCCUCCUUGUGUCCGGUCUUCCCAGGUCCCUCCCUCCCCUCCCUGCCUCGCCUGCGCCGCCUUGCCUUCCUUGCGUCGAGGGGCGGCAGCGCGCCGCUCCUCACUCCUCCUCGUUCCCCCCGACAGAGGCUCCUCUGGAGACCCUCCACCUGGACGUGUGGGGCCCAGCCCGCGUUCGUGGUCAGGGCGGUGAGCGGUACUUUCUGCUGGUUGUCGACGACUACUCGCGUUACACCACGGUCUUCCCCUUGCGCACCAAGGGUGAGGUCCCUGCUGUUCUGAUCCCUUGGAUCCGCUCGGUUCGUCUCCAGCUCCGCCGCCGUUUCCGGACGGAUCUUCCUGUCCUGCGUCUGCACUCUGACAGAGGUGGUGAGUUUUCCUCCGAUCUCCUGAGGACCUUCUGUCAGGCAGAGGGCAUCGAGCAGACCUUCACGCUUCCGGACUCCCCGCAGCAGAAUGGGGUUGCUGAGCGCCGCAUUGGCCUGGUCAUGGAGAUCGCUCGUACCUCCUUGGUCCACGCGGCGGCUCCCCAUUUUCUGUGGCCGUUUGCUGUCCGGUACGCCGCGCAUCAGCUCAACCUCUGGCCCCGUGUCUCCUUGCCGGAGACCUCGCCCACACUGCGUUGGACGGGGGAGGUUGGCGAUGCGUCGCGCUUCCGGGUGUGGGGUGCUCGUCGUGCCUUGUCCGCGAUACGUCCGCGGACAAGCUCUCCUCCCGCACGCUUCCCUGUGUCUUCCUUGGCUUUGUCCCUGACGCGCCUGGCUGGCAGUUUUACCACCCCACCUCGCGCCGGGUCUUCGCCUCUCAGGAUGUCACCUUUGACGAGUCGGUCCCCUUUUACCGUCUCUUCCCCUACCGCACUGCCCCCCUCCCUCCCCCGCCACUUUUCCUUGCUCCUGGUCCCCCUCCGGUAG